AUUAACUCAGCAUUUUGGGUUUUCCUCUCGACCAGGAAACAAAAAUUUGACGUUUCACAUUCUCAACUGCGCAAGUCCUUUGUGUAUUGCAUCAAAGGAUAUAUGCACAACUUUUGUCUUGGUGGUUUCUUUAAUUUUUACAUCAAAUGAAAAAUUAAAAGAUCAUUUCACCAAAAAGCAAUUAGUUUCUAAAUGAAAUAAAUUGAAAUGUAAAUCGAAAUCCUUCCAACGCACGCUUUUCAAAUAAACUCGACACGAUGAUUGCCAUGCACCUAUUUUUACUCCUUUGCUGCUUGUGCUUCAUGUUGAUGGCAUUACUUGUGCAACAAAGGCUCAAUUUCCUGAAACAAUUUUUCAAAUCAUCAAAACUUAAAACCUAUGAAAGCAGUUCACUCAUACCACCCAAUCCAAUUGUACCGCAACUACCUUCCGUCUCGAUUAUGCAUAUAUACGAAAAAGCAGCUGUUUGCUCUGACGGUCCAAUAUGUAGCAUUAUUGGCAGUGAAGUCUUAAAAGUUGGCGGCAGCGCUGUAGAUGCCGCUAUAGCAGCCUCAAUCUGUCAAGGACUAGUAGGAAUGCAAAGUAUGGGCAUUGGUGGUGGCUUAUUGAUGAACGUUUAUAUAGCAGAAGAAAAACGUAGCUACAGUAUAACAAGCAGAGAGGUGGCUCCUUUAGGAGCCAGCGAAAGUAUGCUUAAUAACGCAAGUGCAGAGUUUCAUUCUAGUUUGUCCAUUGGUGUACCGGGAGAGGUAAUGGGUUAUGCAGUAGCUUAUGAGCGUUUUGGCAAAUUACGUUGGAAGAAUAUAGUAGCACCAACGGUUGAAAUAUGUAAUGCAGGCUUCUUGGUUACUGAACAUCUGGAUUUUGCACUGGAAAUAAAUAAGGAUAAAAUUAUGAAUGAUAAACAAUUACGGGAAGUGUUUGUGAAUCCAAAAACUAAUGAGCUUCUACAGAUAGGCGAAUACUUAAAACCACCGGAUGCACUAUGCCGCACUUUAGAGUACAUAUCUAAUAAAGGUGCGCGUAGUUUCUAUGAAGGUGUUUUAGCAGAUGACAUCAUAGCAGACCUGAAGGAAUUUAAUAGUAUUAUAACUAAAAAGGAUUUAAGCUCGUAUAAAACAGAUAUCACAUCUUCAACAACGUUUCCAUUGGGGGCACAUAUUUUACACUUCAUGCCACCACCAGCUAGCGGUUACAUCAUUGGUUUCGUUAUGAAAAUAUUACAGAACUUUCAGUCGGAUUUCGCGCGUAAACGUAAAAUGGAUGCGAUUCUCAUACAUCGCGUUGUGGAAGCACUUAAGUUCGGUUUUGUGAAACGUUGGCAAUUGGAUGCAGAUAUGAGUUUAGAAUUACUGUCCAAUUUAUCUAGUCCAGUUUAUACUGAAAAGUUAGCCAGUUUAAUUGACGAUAUCGACACUUACAAUGAUUCCCAACACUAUGGAGCCGAUGAAGAGUUGAUUGGUAGAAAAGAACGUGGCACAGCACAUAUCUCAGUUGUGGCACCAAAUGGUGAUGCAGUGUCCAUAACCAGUUCCAUUAAUUUUUAUUUUGGCAGUGGCCACUGUGGCAAUCGCACCGGCAUAAUUUUUAACAAUGCCAUGCAUGACUUUAACAUUGAGGGUAUUGAUAACUACUUCAAGUUACCCAACAUACCGAAAAAGAAUCGUAUCAAGCCAGGCAAGAGUCCGAUGUCAUCCAUGUCACCCCUUAUUGUGACCACCCUAAAUGGUGAGGUGCGCCUAGUUAUUGGAGCAGCCGGUGGAACCAAAAUCAUUUCAGCGCUAGUGCAAAUCCUUAUACGUGUGCUAUGGUUUGAUGAAAAUAUCAAAGAAGCCAUCGAUGCUGCACGUUUCCAUCAUCAGUUGAUACCAAAUGUUUUGGAAUACGAAUAUGGCAUCUUGAAUCAGUUUAUACAGGAACUUGAGGAAAAAGGACAUAAGACAGAUCGCUAUCGUGAACACGGUUCAGCUGUUUGUGGCGUUGAACGUUUUCGCAAUAAAGUUGUAGCUAAUGCGGACUACCGCAAGGAAGGCGAAAUUGAAGGAUUUUAAACUAUCUUUUACUUCACUGAGAAGUAACUAAAAAUAAUCAAUGAGCUUAAAGUCUUCUAGCUCUGUAGGGAGUUAUGAAGAUUUGAAGAUAAAACCUAAAAAUGUUUAAAGUUUUCUAACAUAUCUCUUAAGUUACUCCUGAUGCAGUUAAUUGCUCAACGAAAUUUCCUAAUUACAAUCUCAGUAUUGUUUCGAAGACGAAAAAAUUUACUAAAACUUUGUAAGACUUCUAAAAUUAAUAUUUUAAGU